AUGCGUUGUGCCAUGCUGCUCCUGCUGGUCUUCGCGGCGGCGCGCACCGCCGUCGUCCUCACCGACGAGGCCCCCGAGGUUCUGAUCGGGAGCACCAACGCGACCUGGGCGAAAGGCCAAGCGUAUAUAAGAGAACUUGAGGAAGUGAAGCUCCUCAAGAACCUUUCACACCCCAACAUUGUGGUAUUUGAUGAUAUUUCUGCAAAGCCUUCGGGCAGAGGAUGGGAGCGGUGUGGUACAUCCACCUGGUUGUGGAAUUACAUUGCGCUCCACUACUCUGAAAUUAGUCCAGAGAUCAAGGUUUUAGAACCAUCGUCUGCCGCCAUCGUCGACGUGGUUUCCAUGAUGUCGGGAAGGUGCGGGGGCAUGGGAGCUACUUCUCAGCCUUGCCAGUCGACGACGGCAGAGUUAAGUUACAACACUAUGUGUAUUUCUUAUUAUCUCAUGAAACUUGUGACCAACAUGGUAUGUGUUUCAUAUUAUUCUCAAUCUUCAAAUGUUGUGAUGUGGUCUUUGCACAUCAUUAACCUUUGGUGCGUUCAUUUGUAUCAAGUGUUUAGAGUUCAUAGAAGCCCGGGGGUGCACAUUUCCAAGGUGAAAAUGGUGCAGUGUAUCACAGUUUUUGGAAGUUACACAAAGACGGGACAAGAUUGUUUAGUGGAUGGCCGAAAUUAUUGUAAGGUACCAUCUACAAGCUUGAGUAUGGUGUGGAUAGCUUCAAACAUGGCCAAGGCCCAUGUUGGUGUGGCCCCAAUCAAGUUGUACAACGGACACAAUUUGCAGGAUAUUGAAGUAAAGGACAACUUAUUGCUCCCCGCCACUCUACACACCAUGGAUUGCACUAACAACUCAUCCCCACGUGAAAGACUCCCUAGCUAGGUCGCAAGCGGAACAUCCCUCAACACCAAGAGACUCGACGAGGACAUGGACGUCCUUUCCUGUGAGCAACCAUCAAUCUCCCACUAUUUGCUUACAUUCCACCAUUGUGAAUGAUAUAGUUCUACUGAUUUCAUUGCCUCCCCAUGGAUGGUUUUAACAUGUCAGAGAUGGAGAAUCAUCAUGCAGCUGCAUCUCCGUAAGGAUCAUGGAAACAUUCCCUGUUUAAAGAUGAGAUGAGCAUAAUAUAUCUAGAGUUGAAGUAGGGGAGAUCGGCGUGGCUAAAUCCUUUUUGCAUGGCGUGGAAGGCUGCUGAUUGUCCCAACGUUCUUUUUUCUGCAAGAGUAAAUCAUGUCUGGUACUUGACUAUAAUGAUUGUUUCCAACAUUUGAAGAGGUUGGCACAUGCAUUUAUGUAUCCGUCUUUUAUAUAUUGGGAAGUUUUUUAAGUGCAGUUACCAAGCA